AUGUACCUGGGCACUCUCAACCCCAGGUUGUUCCCUGACACCCAGACAGUUUUUGGCGAUUAUGAGAUUAGCCCUGAAUGUGAGGGAAUAGAGGAGGAUACUAUUAAGGCAAUAGAUGUGAUUUCCAGUGGUCUGAAAUCUGCUGUCAUUGCAGAUGAUUACCAGCAAUGGUUGAUCUUUGCAAGUGAAUAUGUUGAUACUGUCAUCUGGUUUGCACAUCAAGAAGCUUUGUGGAACCAUUGGGAUGAGGGCAUAGGAUUUAACACAUGUUAUGAUGUGUUUGAGUGGCUGGAUUCAGUGCAUCACCGAUGGAUUUCAAUUCCAAUGCAGUGCUUGUAUGCACUGGCCUGUGAACGUUAUUUGAAGUCACUCCCCACAGAAUCCCUUGAUCCACCAGCACUCCUCACUCCCCAACAGCCUCUUUCCCCUCUCCCACUUGGGUUCACUAAACCCACACCUGCUGUCACAUCAAUACCUGCCUCUAAGCCCCAGCUGAAUCCCAUUGCUGCAAGCUCUGAUGCCAAUGCAUUGCCAGCUGUGGCUCAGCCUUCACCCAUGCCUGCUGAACCAAUUCUGCCAACUCCAACACUGACUCUGGAGAGUCCAAAAAGCCAUUGUCAUCGCCAAGGCCAGAAGAAGCACCAAUCUGAACAGCAUCGACCUUCUGUUUCCACUUUCAAUACUCCCCAUUCCCCUUCCACUGCUGUUCCAUUCCCAAUUGUCCUCUCACUCCUCCUACCACCCUCACCUUCCGUCCCUCUCCUGCCUUACCUCCAUCCACUGCAAUACCUACCUUCAGAUGUGACCCCACUCCUCUCAUCACCUCCUCUACCCACUCCUCUAAUCACUCUCCUCCCUCCUCCCCUCUUCUGCCAACCUCCGCCAGUUACAACCUUCCACCACAGUCCCAUACCCCAUACUCAGACACUGCUCGUACCUUCACUCCAAGAUCCUGUCAUGGUUCCAACCUCGGACUUUGACUCCACCUCAGCUUAA